AUGGCAUUGUUAAGGAAGGCAUACUCAUUGCCCAAGUCAACAAAGAUCUUACUAGGGAUAUUGAUCUCUAUAAGUUCCCUUAUAUUCUUCAUAAAACUUGCUUUCUAUCGUUCAGCUAUUGUUAACGGAAAUCAUGAGCAAAAUGAAGUCGUAUUCCACAAUAUUCAAGUACCAUAUUUGCAAUUGAUACCACGCUAUACCAUAUUUUAUCCGUGGGUGAUUGUUACUGCAAUUUUCGCUGAAAUUUCGGUUAUUUCAUUUAUAAUAUCAGGUGCUAUAUUGGCGGUAUCAACCAAAUAUGUGGAAAAGUUUUGGGGAUACAAGGAAGUUAUUAAGUUUGUCUUGAUAUUAGGGACAUUUACCAACUUGAUAACUGUCUUGAUUACAAUUGUUUGUAAUUUGAUGAGAGGGGAUGUCGAGGGAAUGGAUAAGCCAUUAGGUGGAGGUAUUUCAUAUUAUUUUGGGUUUUUGGUGGUUUUAAAGCAACUUAUUCCAGAACAUAACAUAGUGUUGUUUCAAGGAUUAAUUAACUUCAGAGUGAAGCAUUUACCGUUCAUAUUGCUCAACGUUGUCUCUGUAUGGUCCUUGUUAAUAAGUCGUUCCUUAUAUCCAGCGAUCCCAUCAAUUGGAAGUUUCAUCAUAUCCUACAAUUACUUGCGGUUUUACCAAUCGUUUUUGACUGACCCAUUAUUACCAAUUACCAUGGCAAAUGGCAGUUCAGACAAUUCGGGUUCUUUGAUUACUGGUGAUGCCUCUGAUGCUUUCCAGUUAGUUGAAUUUUUCCCUAGAGUUUUGAAACCUUACUUGAGUGUUGCCUUUGAUAGUUGCUACGAUUUGGGUUGCAUCUUAGGGAUUCUUACUCCUUUUAAUGAUGAUUCGAUCGAACAAGGCAAUAUAAGGGCCCAGAAAAGACUGGAACAAGCGAAUCAAACCCAAAAAAGUGUGGCCAACUCGGUGGCUGAAAGAAGAAGACAAGUGGCAUUGCAAGUCAUUGAGGAUAGAAUAAAUAAAGAGACUAGAAAGUAG